AAUAAAACUCCAAAAAUGUUUUAAAAUUUGAAAAAACAUUUUAUAAAUAACAAAAAAAAGAUUCACAAAACAACAAAUUAAAUAAACAAACUACAAAAUCACAAGCAAAACCUAUCUAAACCACAACAUAACAACAAAAUCUAACAUCUAAUUCAUAAUAUUCUUCAUCCUAACAUAAAUCCAACAUUCAAAACCUUAAAUUCACAAUUUCACAAUCAAAAAGUAACAUAAGUCAAAUGAGAAAAGGAAAGAGAUGACUUACAUAAUUUGUGAGGUGGAUUUGAGGAGUUUGAGCUUAGAAUCGUUGGAUUAGAGAGAGAGAAUCAAAGAGAAUUUGUGUAUGUUUAGAGAGAGAGAGAGGAGAAGUGAGGAAGAAGAAGGGGCUUGCGCUUUUAUAUUAAAAAUUUCUGACGGAUUGGAUUCAUCAGAAAUCCGUCAAAAUUUUUUAUUUUGACGUUUCACGAAAAAUUAGGCAGGGUUUUUCGGGGCAAAUUUCAAUUUCCGACGAAUAUACCAUUUUCGUCGGAAAUUCGCCGGAAUAUAUCAUUGUCGUCGGAAUUCGACAGAAAUAUAUUUGUCAGAAAUUUCCUACGAAUUUUGAACGAAUUAUAAUAGCCAUCGAUAAUAAAUUGAUGACUUUUAGGGUUUAAAAUCUUCAUAAUGUUUAGAAACACUUGAAAACACACAAACUAAAGAUUGCAAGAUGGAUCACCGAAAAGUAUUUGCUUAAGUGUAUAAGUGUUAACGAGAAAUAUUAGGUAUCCGUCCAUGCAUCAAUCGCAAGAAUAUAUAUAUAGCUUAAAUAAUUGAGGCAAUAUUAAUCUACAUCAUAUUUAUCACUUAAUAUAUCCGGAUGAACAUUUAUUUUGAAUAUUUCAUAUCUAAACUCAUGGUCGUCGAAAAUUCGUUGGAAAUUUGUGUCGAAUAUGCUACGAAAAUUUCGCAAUCCAUCAGAAUUUCGUCGGCAAUUUUCUAGGAAGAAAUUUGUCAAAAUUUCGUCGGACAUUUCUGACGAAUUUCCUACAGAAAUUUUUCAUUUCGUCGGAAAUCCGUCAGAAAUUUCUGAUGAAUUUCCGACGAAAACAUAAACCCCAAAUCUAUACCCUAAAUCGUGUAAUCUUCCUUGGGAGUCGUCGGUAUUUUGUCGCUUAUUUUUGAUGAAAGAAAGUUCGUCGGAAAUUCCUAAGAUAUUUCCGACAAAUGGUAAAAUUUUAUAUUUCUCGAAAUCCGUCAGAAAUUUCUCAGAAAUUUCCGACGAAUAUUUCUUCCGUCAGAAAAUGAAUAUGUUUUCUUGUAGUGUAUUGCACAUGGCCAUUUGCUAAUAAUCCAGUUUUAUGGAAUGGAUCUUGUGUGUUCACGAGGUUCAUGUGGCAGUCUUUUUCAACGAUUGGGACUUGGCUUUGUUUUAACUAGUUUUUCUAGGUGUUCCGGAUUAAUGAAAAUUCUAAGUUGGAAUUGCAGAGGACUCAGGAGUAAAUGGAUUAUUAGUUAUUUGAGAGAAAUUAGGGGGAAAUAUAAACCAGCGUUUCUAUUUUUAUCGGAAACCAAACAGCAAUUUGAUUUUGUGCAGUCUUUUUAAUUUCAUUUUGGAUAUUCUCAUCUCCAUACGGUUGAUCUUAUAGGGAGGAGUGGUGGGCUGGCUCUAUUUUAUGAUUCCACUUAUAAGGUAUAUAAACUCUUCAAGCAACAUAAUUAUAGACGUCGAGACAAAAUAUAACGGAAAAUGAAUUUUUAUUUCACUUGUUUAUGGCGAGUCAAAUCAAAAUUUUAGAGACCAGAUUUGGGAGAGGCUUACAAUAGGGAUCUUGAGGGACGAACCAUGGUUUAUUAUUGGAGACUUAAAUGAGAUUACGGGUAAUCAUGAGAAACAAGGAGGAGUUCUUAGACACGCAGAUACGUUUUUACAAUUCAAUAAUAUGAUAGAGAACUGUGGUCUGAUGGAGUUUCCAAGUCUUGGUAAUACUCUUUCUUGGAACGGAAGAAGAGCUGGACAUGUGUUAAGUGUCAACUGGAUAGGGCAUUGGCAAACAAUGAAUGGCAUAAUCUGUUUCCUUGCUCUUUUGUUGAAUACUUGGGUAUGAUUGCCUCUGAUCACAGGCCGAUUGUGGCAUCAAUAGAGGAUAAAGUACUAAACUUUUGACGGUAAUUUAGAUUUGAUAAAAGAUGGAUAGGUGAGGAUGGACUGAUGGAAUCUAUUGAACGUGGAUGGUCCACUCAGAGGGGUGGACGCCGCAUGGGUAUAGUAGAUAAAAUUCAUAAUUGUUGACAUGAAAUUUCUGUUUGGAAAAAGGAAAAUCCACCUUAUGGGAAGGAAAAAAUAAAUACUCUUCAGAGGGCUCUGGAGGAUGAUCAAAGCGAUUUGACAAAAUCUCUUGAAGUAGUGAUUGAGGUGUCCAGGAAACUAAAAGAGGCAUAUCGAGAUGAAAAAUUAUAGUGGGAACAGAAGAGUAGAACUUUGUGGCAUACAUGUGGAGAUAGAAAUACUAAAGUAUAUCAUGCUUUAACCAAACAAAGACGCAUACAAAACAUGAUUAUUGGUUUAUAUAACGAGGAUGGGGAUUGGAUUAAUUCAGAAGGUGAUAUGGAAAGUGUGUCGCUUAAAUAUUUCAAUGAUCUGUUCCAGUCUACCCCGCCUUCAGAGUUUGAUAGGUUUCUAGAGGAAGUUCCAACUUGGUAACAACUGCUCAAAAUAAUAGACUAACGGCUCAUGCUUCAAAGGAGGAAGUUAGGACGUCAUUAUUUAUGAUGCACCCGGAGAAAGCUCCAAGUCCAGAUGGGAUGACAGCGUUAUUCUAUCAACAGUCUUGGUCUAUAAUUAAGGGGGAUGUGGUUACUAUGGUCAAUGAUUUUCUUAGUUCGGGGGUUUUGUUGAUAGGCUGAAUAUGACUAAUAUAUACCUUAUUCCUAAGAUAGUCAGACCAAACAGGAUGACAUAGUUAAGGCCGAUUAGCCUUUGUAAUGUCGGUUAUAAAAUUAUUUCUAAGAUCUUGUAUUAACGCUUAAAAGGCUUAUUGCCACUUCUUAUUUCAGAAACACAAUCGGCUUUUGUCUCAGGAAGGUUAAUUUCAGAUGAUAUUCUUAUUGCUCAGGAGAUGUUUCAUGGGCUGCGAACGAAUAAUGCAUGUAAAGAAAAAUUUAUUGCAAUAAAAACAGAUAUGAGUAAGCUUAUGAUAGGGUUGAAUGGUCUUUUAUGGAGCAACUUUUAUUGAAAAUGGGAUUUUGUUCGGUCUGAUUUUCCAGGGUGAUGACAUGUAUUUCUUCGGUUACAUAUAAGGUUUUACUGAAUGGUCAACCUAAAGGGAGUAUUGUACCAGAGAGAGGACUGAGACAAAGAGACCCACUAUCUCCAUAUUUAUUCAUUUUAUGUACUUAAGCCCUUAUCGCAAAUAUUAGGAAAGAGGACAGAGAGAAACGAUUAACAUGACUUAAAAUAUCGAGAGGAGGACCUGCGGUAUCACACUAACUCUUUGCGGAUGAUAGUUUUUUUUUUUUUUUUAAGGCGAAUGUGGCAGAAUGUGAUAUUAUCUUUAAGCUCCUAAAAGACUACGAAGCUGUAUCGGGCCAGUUGAUAAAUUUUGACAAGUCAUCUCUGCAAUUCGUUCAUAAGGUACCAGAUUCUCAGAGGGUGGACAUACAAAUUAAACUUGGCAUCACUAAGUUGGGAGGUAUGGGAAAUUAUUUGGGAAUACCAGAAUGUUUGGGUGGAUCCAAAACACAAGUCUUCGGUUUUUUAAAUGAAAAAGUCAAUAAUAAGGUGAACAGUUGGACAGUCCGGUUUCUUACAAAAGGUGGAAAAGAAGUGAUGAUCAAUUCAGUGGCUUCGGCGAUGCCAAACCAUGUCAUGUCAUGUUAUAGAUUACCAAAGGCAGUUAUAAGGAAAAUUACUGGGGCGAUCGCUCACUUCUGGUGGAGUAGUGGUGGCAAUAAAAAAAGGUAUACAUUGGUUUUCCUGGAAUAAGGUAUGUAAAUCAAAGAGGGAGGGAUGUCUUAUCUUUCGAGAUCUUCAAGAUUUUAAUACAGCUAUUCCGGCAAGCAAUUAUGCCGGUUGAUAGACAAACCAGAUUGUUUAUUUUCGAAAUUUUUUAAAGGCAUAUAUAUCGGGAUACAGAUCCUCUGGUUCUUCACAGAUCUUAUUCACCAUCCUAUGGUUGGAGAAGUAUCUGCUCAGCUAGAUCUCUAGUUAACAAAUGGAUAAUCAAAAUAGUAGGAACCGGUCAAACCAUCUCCGUAUGGAAUGACUCAUGGAUUCCUGCUCCUCGCCCGAGGUCAGCUAAACAAAAAACAAUACCCCAAUUUCUAAAUCCUUCUUUGAAGGUGGAUCAUCUCAUCGAUCCGAUCACUAAAUCUUGGAAUGUGGAGUUGCUUAAUGCAUAUAUACACCCGGAUGAUGUCGAAGUUAUUAAAGGAUGGGCUAUCAGUCGGAAUGAUAGACAAGAUUCUCUUGGGUGGUCCUUCACAAAAACAUGGAAAUAUACUGUUAAAUCAGGGUAUAAGGUGGAAUCAUUAUUUCCGGAUAAGGCACAAGAAAUAGUCUCUUAUGGUCAAGAUGUUAAACCUCUAUUGGCAUUCUCUUGGAGGCUUAAUUGCCCUCUAAAACUGCGACAUUUUGUUUGGCAAGUUAUUUAUGGUACUAUAACGGUGGUAAAAAAAUUGAGAGCACGAGGCAUUAAUUGUGAUAUUCGUUGUAGUAUUUGUGGUGCAGAGGAAGAAUCAGUUAAUCAUGUUUUUUGAAUGCCUACCAGCUUUACAAAUUUGGGCUUUAUCAAAAAUCCCUUCCGCGAUGGAUAUUUUCCCGACUUCUUCAAUGUUUACUAAUAUGGAUUAUCUCUUUUGGAGACUGCCAGAAGAAUAUGAUAUUAGUAACUUUCCAUGGAUAUUAUGAUAUAUUUGGAAAAAUAGAAACAAUAAGGUUUUCCAUAAUAGGGAUGGUAAUCCUUAGGAAAUUUUUAGAAUUGCGGAAGUGGAGGGUGAAGUUUGGGCUGAAGCUCAACUUACAAUUCCAGAAGAAAAAUUAUAGUUCCACAGACUCUUGACUGACACUCAUUAGGACAUUCGAAAGUAUGUUUUAUUGAUGGGACAUGGAAAGAGAAUGAUAAAUUCUUGGGCUAGGGAUGGUUCUGUAGAACUGUGGGAUCAAAAGAGAUGAUGGUGGGGGCGGUGAAUCUCCGAAGAAGCUUAUCAGCUUUGCAUGCGGAGUGCGAAGCUUUGAUAUGGGCUAUGGAGUGCAUGAAGACCCUUGAUUACUCAGACGUAGUUUUUGUAACAGACUGUUCUCAAUUGGUGAAGAUGGCGUCCUCACCUGACGAAUGUCCAGCUUUUGCUACACACUUGGAGGAGUUUCGACACAAUAAGACUUUUUUCCCUUCCUUCAAAAUUUGACAUAUACCAAGAGCAACUAAUCUAGUGACGGACUAGCUUGCACGAGGUGCUCGGAGUUCCCCUACAGUUGUGUUCUAUGUUGAUCCAUUACCACCGGUUUGGUUUUCCGAACCGGUGGAUCUAUUAUUGUUGUCAAAAUAGAAAAAAAAAGGUUAUUUAUAUAUUUAUUGAUAUAUCAACUUUUUUUCAAAGUUUUCCACACGAUAUGUUUUUAAGCGAUGCAGCAGAAUCGGACAUAAAGGUAAUACUAAGUGUUGAGACUGGGCACUUGGUCUGACAUCGCUCGAUCAAGCUAAUUGAAUCGGUCGAUCAAUGUGUUGUUCCGAAAAUACCGGGUUGAUCUCGGGUGAUUAUUGAAGAAUGAUCGAUUUAUGUUUUUCCACCAAAUAUCAAAAUUUUGUUUUUUUUAUCAAAACAUAAAACCGUGUUUUCCUAAAAUCUAAACAUUAUUUUUAUGUUUAACCAAUAAUAAUAUUUUUACGUAAUAAUCAUUUAAAUUAUAAAAUAAUUACUUCAUGAGUUAACCAUUAAAACCAUUAAUUCAUUAGCUUAAAUGAGUUAGGGAUUGAUCCAAUAGGUUGGAUUAAUCCAUACCUCUUAUAUAUAAGCUAAAACAAUUUAGUUAUAGUUUGGUUUGAGUUGGUUUACCUAUUUUAACACCCAUAACAGAGAUGUUAAUCCCACAUCUACAAGUUGUACUGAUUUUUUAUGUUUUCCUUAUUAUACUGAUCUUUUUUUCUCUCAGUAAUGUGAAAAUUAAAUAUAUAUCACAUUAUGUGAUAUAUAUUUAAUUUUUAGAGAAAACCUUAAUCUAUUUUCAGUUGUGCAACACUAAUGGGUUGCAUUCACUCCAACAUACUUUCAACUAAAAUAUUUUAAAUAAAGACUCCACAUUUUGAAAGUCAUUUCCACACUUUUUUUUUCUGUUCUAAAACAUUAGUUUAAUAAUUUAUAUAUUCUUAUACAUUGUUUAAGUCAUUAUCUCGUAAUUAUGUUAUGAUUAUGAGAAAUAAGUAAACAAAAAAAUAAGAUGAACCAUAAAGGUAUUAAUGCUUCUGACCACUAAGUUAAGAUAUUUCAACAAACUUUGGGAUCCCAUAAUGUACCUAUAAUAUUGAAAUGUGAAACAAAAUUAUCUUUUAACAAAAUAGGCACACACCUUUAAAUGGUAUAACCGUAAUCACUUGUUCAUCCACCAUCUUCAUCAUCAUAAGAGUGACCUGUUAAAAUUUUAAUGUAUCAUCGUAAGCUUAGAAUGAGAGAAAGAGGCCGUUGCAUAGCCACAUGUGAAUUGCGGAGCUUGCUUUAUCACAAUUAACUACCAACCAACACAAAUUCAGACAAGAAAACACUUUUCUUAGUAAUUUUAUAUAGUAGCCAAAAAUUCAUUUUUCAUAUUUCAUAAAUAACUGGCCCAGUAUAUUUAAAUACUAUCCAGCUAAUUAUUUUUAAUAUUUUAGAAAUAACUGACACAAUAUAUUUAAAUAAAUAUUUUAUAUCUCUAAUAAAAAGUCAGUGCAUAAAGAUAAUUCUUAGUACUAAUUUUAAUUUUGCAUAUUUCUAUUCUAUUUACUUUAAUAUUAUUAAAUUUUAGAUUUUAUAAUAAAACAUAAAAACAUGAUUUUAGAUUUUAUUAUUUAUUUAUCGUAUUGUGUUUCUUUUUAAAACGGAAUCAUAAACUUCCAAACGGAAUCAUAAGUUUCCAAACGGAAUCAUAAGUUUCCAGCGGGUUUUUAAAUCAUAAGCUUCCAAACGGAAUCAUAAACUUCCAACGGGAUUUUAAAUAAUAUAUUUUAGAAGCGUUUGGAAGCGAAAUUCCGUAAACUUUCACAAAAUUUCGAUUCCGAUUCUGGUUCCGAAGCUGGAAACGAACGUCUAAUGAAACUUCUAUGCAACCUACGAUUAAUAUCAUGUCAUAUUUUUCAAAAGUCAUAUUAUAUCUUUUUGUCUGCCGUAAUAACACAUAUAAAUCAUUUCACAAAUAUUUUUUAGGGGAUUCUUUGAACGAAAUUACCCAAUGUAUGGGAAUUUUCAGAAGAAAAUUAGCAAUGCUGAUUUUGUGGGGGAGAUGGUGCUAAUGAAUUGUAUUGUAUCAGGAUUAAGCUAAAAUUUAUGAUAUUUUCAAGAAUAUCAAAAAGUCAUUUUUCCAGGAUUAGUACCAUAUGUAAUGGAGUACGAUAAAAAAAACCAUAAAUUAAAGAAAGACAAGAGAAUCAUACUAUAUCUAAAGCUAUAUUAUUUAUUUUUCUACUUUUUUUUGGUAAAAAGCGAUACUAUUAUUUUUUUUUGUAAACUAAAAGGGUUAAAUCCGGGUCUAUUAAAGACACAGACCUAACCCCCGGGUGGAGGUACAGCCCACGGAUAGACCCUCUCCUGGACAUUCAAAUGAGCCGAAAGCAAUAGCCCAUAUCCGUUUGGCCAGCGGAGUUCGAAUCAGGGUUCGCCGUAUUGGGUUUAAUCCCUCAAGCACCACUGGACUACCACCACUGGUUAAGCGAUACUAUUAUUAUUACCUAGUAAAUCAUUUUUACCAAGAUGCAUCAUCCAGCUAUUUGUAUAAUAAUUUGUGUUCUAUAUUUUUGAAUGAUUUCAAUGUUGUGUAACUUAUAUAAUCUUAUUUUUGAAUGAUGUCGUCAUCUGUUGUGUUAUAUUUUCGGUGAUCGUUUGAUAAAAAAAUAAAACUUAUCAGCUUUUCCAGUGAAAAAAAAUGUACAUAAUCGUUGGAUAAAAACUUUAUAACCGUCACUAACUGCCGAAAUGUUUAAAUAAAACCUCUCUCCAUAGAUCAUUCCACACUACGGAAAGAACUGUUAAUUUACAAAAAGAAAAAGAAACAAAAUAACAGAGAUUCACACGAAAAUGGAGAAAACAGAGGAAAGCGUUGGGAUCAGAGUUUACACGACGGCGACUCCGCCGCAAAAACCAUCACCACCACCGUCUGAGUCACCAAAACCCGUCUCAAUCUCUUCACUUCCUACACUCCCGGUAGGAGCCGCCGCAGGAGGAGGAAGAGGUCGAAAACGUCGCAUGGUGGCGCAAGGAGUCCAAAAAACGGUAUCAAAGACAUCAAUGCUCGUAAACUUUCUUCCAACAGGAACGCUCUUGAUGUUCGAAAUGGUUCUUCCUUCAAUCUACCGCGACGGAGACUGUAACGGAAUCAACACGCUCAUGAUCCAUCUCCUCUUGCUUCUUUGCGCAAUGUCUUGUUUCUUCUUCCAUUUCACCGAUAGUUUCAAAGCAUCCGAUGGGAACAUCUAUUACGGUUUCGUGACGCCGCGUGGACUCGCGGUUUUCAUGAAACCGCCGCCGCCGGAGUUCGGAGGCGGUGAUGUGAUUGCGGAGGCAGAGAUUCCGGUGAGUGAUGAUAGGUAUAAGUUGAGGGUUAACGACUUUGUUCAUGCGGUGAUGAGCGUUUUGGUGUUUAUGGCGAUUGCGUUUUCGGAUAGAAGAGUCACGGGUUGCUUGUUUCCAGGGAAAGAGAAAGAGAUGGAUCAAGUUAUGGAGAGUUUUCCAUUGAUGGUUGGAAUCGUUUGUAGUGCUUUGUUUCUCGUUUUCCCGACCACUCGCUACGGUGUUGGAUGCAUGUCCGCUUGAAUUUCCCUUUGGAGUAAUUUGUAUUUAUUUUCUUUAUAUCCAUAUCUAGAGUUAGAUAAUUUGAACCUAACUCUAUUUUUCUACUGUUUAUCUAUUGUCAUGUGAAAUAAAGUUCUUUCACAGUCCCUAGAGUUUCUUCAUGUGCAGACACCACCUCUCAAACUAAACAACUCUCAAUUGUGCAUUUCAGACCUCUUUGUAAUUUCAUAAUGGUACCUCUUCUCUCGGUGCUUUUCAAAUCGGCUACAAACUUUGUAAUUUUCAAAACGUGUCAGAUAAGAUAUUGUGCGAGAUUUAUGUUAGAUUUCUUGUAAAUUUAGGAAAUAUAAUAACUGAAAUAUGGAAAUUUUCAUAUUUUCGUGAUUUGGCUAUUUUAUGUAUCAUAGGUAGAGUAGUACACUACACAGGAGGUGGGAAAUCUAUUAUUCCUUACGUAUAACACUAGGUAAUAGCUAGAUCAGGUUAUGACACAUAAACAAAGUAAGAUAAAACGUAUAGUUAGUUUUAGAAACUGUAAUCGAGCUUUACGUAGACUAAUGAUAUCUUGUCAGAAUACAACCGAACGAACUAUAGCUAAGGUAUAAUAUAUAUAAAAAAUUAUUUGUGUUAUAUAAGAAAAACAGAUCAGUGUAUAAUACUUAGUAUCUAAUUUCUAGACUAAGUAGAUGGCCAAAAUGAGUAAUCUAUUCUCAGUUAGAACAUAAAAUAAAAUAUGAUUCCACUAUUUUUUUUAAAGAAAAUAAAACAUAUAAAAAGUCAUACUUAUGUUUCUAAUUGUUUUCAUAUUUUUUUAUAUUUUUAAAUUUUAAUUUACUAUAUUUACUACUACGUAAGGGUAAAACAUGUCUAAAAUGACAAAAAAAAAAAACAAAAGUCCUAAUGAGACAAAUAAAAAUUUAAAGUGUCCAUUUUUUCAAUUCUCUCCAUUUAUAUUUCGAGUUUGCACUUAUAUUCUAUAACAGCUUGAUAUAUUAGAUCUGAACACUAACUUGUGAAUAGAGUUUGCCGGUAAUUUUCUUCAAAAUUUUGAUUCUUAGAUAUGUAUCUGGAGUGAAACUAAUUUUUACAUAUAUCCAUCUUUUUUAAUUGACACUUAUGUAAUUCACCAAAUUCACAGAAGAAACAAAAAAAAGUAACGAAACUCAUAUCAGUGAAACAUAAACGAGAACGAAAACAUAAUUUUAUAGAAGUAAAAAUAAUAUCACUUAUUGAGAGUCAAUAGUAAACAAAUCGAGAGCAGAAAACAUAAUUCUCUUUCGUUAUUUUACAAUCGAUAUUACUUAUCUGGUUUUUGUGAUUUGUGUAAGCCGCAAAACUUAAUUUUUGUGUGCAUAUGAAGUUUUUAAAAUAAUUAAAAUGAGUUGUAAUAAUUAACUCUUCAACAACAAUGAUACAUUUAAGAGACCAACAUUUGUAUUCGUUAUUUUAUAAUCGAUAAAGAUUAUAGUGUCGUAAAAUGUUAAAAUCAUUUAAUGAACAAACAUUAGUAUAAAAAACUCAUUGUACGCAUGUGCGCGGAUUAUUAUCUAGUUACCAUAUUAUUUUGCCAUACACUAAACCAGUACAAUGUACUAUUAAACAAACUAUACACUAAAAA